CGGACCAAUCGGCGGAAAUUGGAGGAGAAAUAACAGAAAGAGAUCAAAUGUCUAUAACAACAAAUUUACAUUUAGAUAAUUCGGUGCCAAUGAAUGAUAAUAACAAUUCGCCAUUACCAUCGCUUGAAGACCCUUUACUUCUCAACAACGAUGCCGUUGAAACAUCAAUUGCCAAUAACAUGCUCAAUAGCAACGACAGCAUCUCAGUAUCUAAUGCAUCAUAUUCCAACAAAGUUCCCAUUUACAGUCAAUCACCAAUUCAUAACGAUGUAUUAGGACAAUUAUCUUCGCCACGUGAGGACUCGAUUCCUUCGUUUAUUGACGCGUCAAAUGUUGCUGAAGGAUCUCCUCCAUACCUAAACGCGUCUAGCCCAACUGGCGACGCUGCCUCUUUUAUGGAUAUUGCGAAAUUGACAGAAGCGCCAUUAUCUUUUAUGAAAUCGGCAAAUUCAUCAGAAAAUUCUAAUUCUUCAGCUUACAUCAAUCAACCCAACAAUGAAACUGCCUUUUUGCGUGGCAAUGCUCGAACAUCUUUUAAUAGCCAAUCUAUUCUGACAAAAGAAAGUUCACCAUCAUUUAAUAAUAAUACCUCAAAUCAAAUAGAUGACCAUCCGUCAAAAAUCUACAUACCACCAUCGCCGCGAAGCUAUGAAACAACAAACAGUUACAUUCCUCCUCGCAACAAUUUCGAUAAUACCCCCGUCCAAAAUUAUAAUGAGACUACCAUUGAAAACUCGUUGGUUUCCAAUGAUCCAUAUAAUGAAAAUCAAGGGUUAUUAGAUGAUAUAACCAGUCCAACAAGUUCCGGAGGCACUCUGAAUUCAACAGCACAAUCGUCCUCUUCAUCUUCUAGACCGAUCUCUGUGCUAUCAGCUCAAAAUGUUCCACGCACACCUCGAGCGGAUAUGAAUCUUCCUUCUCAAGUACCGUUCACUACUGCGCCUACUGCCUCUAUUAAUAAAGAUGCGAUACAACAACAAAAUCCUCCGAAUAUUGACGAAUUUUUGUGUCCUAUAUGUUUGCAAAUCAUAAAAGAAGCGUUUAUGGGAAGAUGUGGUCAUUCUUUCUGUUAUGUUUGCAUCGUCGAACAUCUUGAUCGCAAGAAAGAUUGUCCCACUUGCGGAGCUCAUUUAAUGCGAGAUCAAAUCUUUCCAAACUUCUUAUUGAACAGGCUGUUGGAAAAAGCAUCAGCUAUAGCUACAAACCAGUAUGAGUUGACUCCGCCUACACAAACUCAACAGAUGAAAGAAAAAAUUAUGAGCACAGAUUUAAGCGUUGAAGAUAUCGACGCCAUGUUGAUCACGUUGUUAGCGAAAAAACAUAAAAUGGAGUCAGCUGAAAAAGAGCUCGAGUUGGAUGUAUUGGCGGACUUCUUGUCAAAUAUGAAAUCAAAGAAGGAAAAGAAAUUGGAACUGUUGACCAAGGAAUUAGAAUGCAUAGAUAAAGAUUUGACGAUUACACACGAGAAGCUCAAAUCUUUGGGACAACAACAGCAGCAACAAUCGUUCAUUGACUCAAGUACUUAUGAAGAAAAUACACGAGAGACUUCAAAUAAUUAUAUAGGAGCACAAGUGCCAAAUGAUGCUGCCGAAGCUGAUGUUCCAGAUGGUGAACCUCAUCAACAAGGAAACGCACGUAGCCAAUCGAGCAAGAAGAGAAAACACACUGAAAUGGAAGAUUCUGGAAUUGAAGGUUCCUUAAUAUUUGAAAAAGCGCCUUCAGAAACUCUUGAUCAGCGACUGUUUGCAAAAAAGAAACGGGUUCGAGAACACUUUGAAGAUCUAGAAUCAUGUUACUUAUCCUAUCGAUUGCAAGACACCGAUCCCCAGGAAGGAGGAUUGUCCAAAUUCUCGGAUACACUUAGCUCAUUCACAAGAUAUGGCCAAUUUCGUCUAGUGAAUACUUUGCGAUAUGGGGAUUUAUUUGGAUCAUCUUCCAUAGUUUCUAGUAUUGAAUUUGACCGCGAUGACGAGUACUUUGCAACUGCUGGUGUCACGAAAAAAAUUAAGAUUUUCGAGUAUGGCAAUAUCGAACGGCAGCUUGUUGGGGCUUCGUUAGGUUAUAAUAAUAAUAAUGCGAGCGCUUCCGUUAGGGAUAACAUGCUCAACCAGAGAAAGAUUAUGGAUACAUAUCUUCAUUACCCAAUAAAAGAAAUGACUUGCAAAAGUAAAAUUAGCUGUUUAUCAUGGAAUACGUAUAUAAAAGCUCAAAUUGCAAGUGCCGACUACGAUGGCGUGGUCUCCCUAUGGGACGUUAAUACCGGAAUGCAAGUAAUGUCUUUCGAUGAACAUGAAAAGCGUGCUUGGAGUGUUGACUUUAGCAGAAUGGAUCCUACAAAAUUGGCUAGUGGUAGCGAUGAUACCAAAGUGAAAAUUUGGUCAACCACAGAAAGACAUUCAGUAUUCACCAUUGAAAGCAAAGCUAAUAUUUGUUGCGUUAAGUUUAAUCCCGAUAUCAGUCAUUACAUUGCAUUUGGUAGCGCAGAUCAUCAUGUACAUUAUUAUGAUCUGCGACACACGCGAGAACCAGUGUUCGUCUAUAAAGGCCAUCGUAAAGCGGUGUCUUAUGUCAAAUUCUUGGGAUCCAAUGAAUUUGUGUCUGCAUCGACGGAUAGCACCCUAAGACUCUGGGAUACCAAUACAAAUUCAUGCGUAAGAACUUUCACUGGACACGUAAACGAAAAGAAUUUCGUGGGUCUUACUACGACGGCCGAUUGGAUCGCGUGUGGCAGUGAAGAUAAUUCAGUCUUUGCUUAUUACAAAAAUUUGUGUCAACCAGUUGUCCGAUUUAACUUUGGCAGUAUUAAUAAUGUAACGGGCGAAGAGACUCCAGAAAGUGAUGCAUCCCUAUUUGUAAGUUCCGUCUGUUGGAAAAAGAAUUCGAAUACUGUGCUAGCGGCAAAUAGUCAGGGCACUAUCAAAAUCAAAGCUAUUUUGGCAAGUAUACGAAAUUUCCAAAAUGCACAAAUGGGAUUACAUUAUGAGUAA